CACGACGGUGGCUAGCAACAGAAGGAGCAAAAGACUGCUAAGAAAGGAGGGGAUUCUGAGGACGACGGGACGUUUGUAUAAACCCAAGACCCCCAGGUCUUUAGGACAUUCUUCUUUCAUCAGAAUCAAGCACUUCUACCAAGCAUAUCUUUGGGUACCCCGCUAACUACUUUUCUUUACACUACACCUAUCCUCCGCAUUCUUGGCAGUUGGCACGCUCGAAUUCCAUUUCUAGAAAACCAACAUCCUUGACCACCGACAAGCACAAACACAAAAAGCCACAACCCCCAAGCGUCAAUGGACCGAGACCGUGGAAUCAAUGGAAGCUCGAGCUGUCUCUGGAGGUGAACAUGACCAUGGCCUCAUUCCCUCCCCGCGCAGCCCGCGCGUGGCCAACGCCUGUGACGUGUGCAAACGCCGCAAGGUCAAGUGCAACGGCGAAAAGCCCUGCAGCUACUGUGUGAGCCGAAAGCUUCCUUCGUUAUGCCUUUACUCACCUCCAAGACAGCGAAGGCCGCGCGGCCCUUCUAGGCUGAGUGGGAGACAGGGAGGAGGAGCCCAGGAGGAACCAUGUCACACAAGUAGAGGUGGUAGAGGUAGCUUUGAUGGAGAUGGCGCACUACAUUCGGCAUCACCGCAACGGGACGAUUGCGAUGAUGCUGCUCUUGAUCCAGCGCCAGCGGGCUCUCCACAUGCCAGGAACUCGAGCAGAAGCAGCAGCAAACAGACGCCACCGGCCGUGACAAAAGAGUCGGAAAUUCCAAGCCGCACGUCUUUACCAGGGGCAGCUCCUGGCGGCGGUAGCGUUGGCAGCGUAGGAGGAGGAGGAGGGUCGCGGUCCGGACAGUUACGGUCAGAGUCACAGUCACAGUCAGGGUCUCAUGAACAAGAACGACAGGAACCACCACCACGGCAACCAGAUUCAGGUUCCGGCUCAGGCCCAGGGGCAGAAGCCCACAACGAAGAAAUAAAAGUUCCCCGCGAAGGCCGUCUCCUCGUCGACCCUCAAGGAAAACUAAUCUUCAUCGGCGACUGCGCCCCGCUCUCCUUCUUCCGCACCGUCCAGAGGCUGAUCACCUCGCGCAUUGAUCCUGAUGCCUUCGCGCCCGAGAAUAGCGGGUACUCGGCUUUGGAGAAUAAUGCGUCGUAUCAUCCUAGGGCAUCUGCUGCCUUCAGUCUGGGUGGUGGUGGUAAUGGUGGUGGGUAUGGUGGGUUUGGUUAUAGUGGUGAUGGGCGCAGCCGAGGAUUUGGACCUGGACCUCCCCCCGUCCAAACGUCGAUUAUUGAGUCGGUUGUUACUGCCUACUUUCAGAGCACGGCGGGACUCAUUGGUAUCUUUGAUGAUCAGGCGCAGCAACCGAGGCAGUUGAUUGAGGAUAUUGCUUCUUGGGCGGUGCAACUUCGUCGGUCAAGGACGGGAACGGGGGCGGAGACUGGGGCGAGCGAGGAGGGGACGUUCAUGGGAGCUGGAGGAGGUGGAGGCGUACCACCAGGAGGAGACGCCACUUCCGCCGUCUUUUAUCUCGUCCUCGCGAUCGGGCUGCUUUUCCAAAAGAAAAAUACCAACACCCACACCAAAUCAUCCCCUUCCCCGUCCGAGCCGUCAGAAGUGCCGGAAUCCUCCUUCUCCGAAUCCGAAAGCACCGCCCAAUGCUACUUCGACCACGCCCGCGACCUCGCCUUUGCCAACCUAACUGGCAACCUCGGCCUAGCCUCGGUGCAGUGCUUCAUGCUCAUCACGCUCUACAUGCUAGGGGCGUGCCAGAUCAACGGGGCCUUCAUCUUCUUUGGCAUCGCCGCGCGCUCGGCCUUCAGCAUCGGCAUCCACCGCACCGAGGUCAACGCGCGUUUCAGUCCUGAGAUCCAUCGCCAGCGCGACCGGCUGUGGAAGAGCCUGCGGGUGGUGGACCUGUUUCUUAGCACGUCCAUGGGCCGGCCGCCCGCGACCAGCGACGUCGACUGCACGGUGCUGUACCACGCCGUCGACGGCGAGGGGCGGGAACAGACGGAUCCGGAUGCUAGUGGUGAUUAUUUGCUGAACGGGUCGGCGCAGAUCUUUUUGAUCAUUGAGGGGAUCGUGUUGGAGGUGUAUUCGAGACGGAAAAUCUCGCCGCAGCUGACGGAGGGCAUCUCGAGGCAGCUGAGGGAGUGGUCGGCUAGGUGGUUGCAGCGGCUGAAGCGCGUGAUUGAGGAGCGACCACGGCCAAGCCCGAGGCAGACACCGCUGCCGAGGGCGGACCAGCGUGGAGGGUUAACGGCGGCGGGGGCAAUGGUCAACGGAGCUUGUCAGGUGCUUGCCUCGUAUUAUUAUGCAGUGAUUCUAGUGUCGAGGCCGUUCCUCAUGGUUGAACUGAGGCGAAGGCUGGCGGAGGGGUAUCCGGCGGAAGCAUUUACGGCAAGAGAUGGGCUGGUGACAUCCGGCAAGUCCAAACUUGCGGAUGCUUGCAUUGAUGCUGCCAGUUUGAUGGUCGAUCCGAUCCAGGAUCUCAUUCAAAGGGGCUUGAUGACUCGGCGGGCGCCCGUGAUUGUGUCAUGGCUCUUUGCCUCGUCGCUUGUCUUGGGGCUAGGUCUCUUAGGAGGCUUCGGUCGUAUCAUCGAAAAGUACUGCCGCGCCUCCAUCGCCGCGCUGGAGUACUUUGCCGAAGCCGACGCUCACGCCGUGCAGUACUCGCUCAUCGCCAAGUCCCUGCUCAACACGGCCUUGGCCUAUUUAGAAAAGAGAGAGAUGCAAGACCGGCUUCGAAGAACGGAAAGCUCUUCUCAACUAUUCGGUCUCAUACCCCGUGGUGACUCCGGGGACGAGACUACAAACGACGACAACCACAAUCACAACACCACCAACAACAACGACCACGAAGAUCCCAACACCUCUAAUUCUUAUCAACAACAACAUCAACACGACCAACAACCCCACUACCAGCGAAGCAUCCAACACACCAAUCCCUCAGUAGGAGGACAAUUCGGUGGUAUCCCUGGAAGUCUUCGCGGUGGCGGUAGUACCCACAAACAACAACAAGCCAAACCAUCAUCAUAUCCCCCGCACCACAACUCCCACCACAACCACAACCACCACAACCAUCAUCACAAUUCCUACCAUCAUCAUCACCACCAUGCCCAUGCCCACGCACAUACACCGUCAUCUUCGUUUUGGGGGAACCGCUUCAACAACAUGAAUCAUGACUUCGACUUUGUCGGACACGAGUCCACUGCAACCACCUUUCUCGGCAUGACCGAGUCCCUCCCGCGCACGCCCGAGUUCUCCAUCAUGGGCGGAUCGCUGGAUUCGGACGCUGAUCAGAUGUUUGGAGCGCUGAAUUUGUUUCCGUUGUUGGAGACGGAUGGGCAUAUUGAUUUGGCGAAUUACUUUUGAGUUUUGCGGCCGGAGCAAGAAAAAUCUGACGUUGAACCGGGAGGGAUUGUGCAUGUCAUCAUCUCUUCCGUACCAGCGCUCUAGACUGAACAUAAACAACAACCGACCGUCAAACGUUUCCGCUCCUGAUAUUUUGACAUUGACAGGUCGUCGUGAUACCUACUUUGCUGCCUCAAUGCGCUCGCUUGCUCCCUGUCAAAAUCGGUCAUCGGGGGCGGGAGCGGGAGCGGGUAGAUACAUGCGUUUGACACAAUGACACAGCGGGCGGCACAAUGACACGGCAGUGGCAGUAAAUGUACAAUCUAAUGCGGUUUGUUUGUUAGCUUGGUACUCCUGGUAUGCUAGACGAGAUCUAUCCCGAAUUGUCCCAAACCUCACAAAGCUAAAAUGAAUGGCUAAGUACGGAUCGGAAAGGCA